CGUACAAACUGUCUUUUACUUCCUAUUAAUAGCUCUCAAACUGUAAGUAUAUAACCAACGGCAAAUUCAGGAUUAAACAUUCACAGUUCCCUGUGCAAACCAACCUAACGUAUCAAAAUGGCAGCUAAGUUCUUCGUUGUUGCUUGCCUGGUGGCGGCCGCGCAGGCUAGCGCCGGCCACGACUACACCAGCUUCUCAUACGGAGUCCACGACCCCCACACUGGGGACGUGAAGAGCCAGCAUGAGACCCGCGUUGGUGACAGCGUAGUCGGCCAAUACUCUCUUUUAGAUUCUGAUGGCACAAAGCGUACUGUUGACUACGCUGCCGAUGCCCACUCUGGAUUCAACGCCGUCGUGCGCAAAGAUCCCGCGCUCGUAGCCGCCCCCGUCCUGGCCGCUCCCGUAGCGCAUGCCGCUCCCGUCCUGGCCGCUCCCGUAGCGCAUGCCGCUCCCGUCCUGGCUGCUCCCGUAGCGUAUGGCGCGCACGGCGCAGUCGCUCCUCUUGCGUACGGACAGGGUGCUCCUCUCGCGUACGGCGCCGGCCUCGCCUAUGGAGCGCACGCCGCUCCCUUGGCGUACGCUUCCCAAGGCGUAGCUCCCCUGUCUUAUGCAGCCCGCGCCGCCCCCCUCGCCUACUCCGCUCCCCUCGCCUACGGUGCUUACGGACACGGACUCCUCGGCUCCCACUUGGGAUACUCCAAGCUGUACUAAGUUUUAGAUGCUAUAUAGUAAAUUAUGACCCGCACGGGAAUAAAGAAUAUGCUGUGAUUUUGUAAAAUAUAAUAAAAAAAUAUAUACCAUUUAUGUA